UUUCUUGAUCAUCCUAUUAUUAAAAUUUCUGAAUUAGUUGUGUCAGACUUUGUAAAUUUAAAAUUUAAUGUGUAUUUUAUUAGUUCGAAUAAGAGUGUGCGCUUAGACAGAAGUGGGAGGGGCCCGCUGCGGUGUAUAAAUUUGAGGAGCGUGAGUUACGAGGACGCACUACUUUUACAGAUUUCGAGGUUAACACUUUAAGCAUUUCUCUAUUUAAAUUAUAUUUCAGAAAUAAAAAAAAAAAAAAAAAAAAAAUGGAAAACGAACAUAACCGACCGUCAAUUGAAAUUCGUAUAAAAAUAUACGACGAACAAUACGACAGUGAAGGAAACAGUAUUGUUUCUAGUAGUGACAGUGAAGCCACUACUGUUAUAUUCACCAAUGAAGAUCAGGGUAACAAUAUUCCAGUAUAUGAUGAUGACGAUAUAUUAGAAAAUAAUAUUAGCGAUGAAGAGAUUUCAGAAAUGGAUGCAUUACUACAAUCCCCAGAUUUACCAGCUACGGAGGAAACCUUUAAUAAUGAAUAUCACCACGGUUAUAUGGAGAAUCAAGAUGUUGAAGUUGAUGACGAUGUAUUGAUAAUCGAUGAAACCUUUAAUAAUGAAUAUCACCACGGUUAUAUGGAGAAUCAAGAUGUUGAAGUUGAUGACGAUGUAUUGAUAAUCGAUAUUAGCGAUGAGGAAGUUUCUGAAAUAUUAGAAAAUCCUCUAGACAACGAGAUUGACAUGUCACCGGAGCCUCCCCAAACACCAUCUCCAAUUCUAUCUGAAUCAUCAGAUAUUUUCACUGAUUUCAAUGAUAAAAGAAAAAUGGAAAAAUCACUUUCUCAUUCCUAUUAUGAUGAUGAUGAUGACAGUAAUGAUGGAGCGGAAAGGACGUUCAUCUUAAUUUUUGAGAGUGAUGAAGAUGAUUAUGAUAGUGAAGGGUCCACUAUAUCUGAAAGCUCUGAUGAUAGUGAGGUUGAUAGUGAGAUUGAUAGUGAGGAUGAUGAUGAUGAUGUAUCCCUCAUUGUCAGUCGGAUUAUUGUUAUUACAGGGGUGGAUUUGUUACAACUCCCCUCCGAGUCAUCAGUUACAACAGAUUCUAAAAAAUAA